GGAUGAGCGUCAUCGAUCGCGCAAUCAUCAUCGCAGCGGUGGUAAUAGCGGAAACAGUAGCGGAGAGAGUUGACCCCGCGAUAGUCAGAGUCUUCCGAACGACGUCGGCUAGAGUUUUAAUCGACUAUAUAUAUAUAUAUAUAUAUAUAUAUAUAUCCAGUUCGCGAAGUUGGUGGGCUUCGAACGGAGUGAAAGGGAGAUGGGGUCUCUGUUUUACAGUCGGUUGGAAUUCAGAGUGAAAAUACACAAAGCUUUUGUUCGUAUCUAUAGACAUUCAGCUGUUACGUAACGAGAUAUGCUAGCAGUGCUAUUCUUGUACAGUCGCAGUGGAAACGGAAAAGCGCAGGUAGCAGAGAAAGCGCGCGCGCGCGCGCAAGGACAUGGAUUAUCGUGAACGAUGGCAAAACAUCAGCAAGACAGUUGCGGCUUCGGUGGUGCAGGCAUCAGCGGGGGUAGUAGCGGUCUGCACAAGGGCGCCUUAGUGGCGCGAGAGACGCGCUGCGAGUUGAGCUUCUGCGCUAUGCCGCUGCCGAGUAUACUAAAGAAGGCCAGCAGCUACAUCCUCGGGGAGAGCUGCCAGGACAGUCUCAGGGCCAUGUAUCAGGACGGCGAGACGCUAUUCUGCAAGAACAACGUGUGCGUGCACCCGCCGACGUUGCUGCGCCAGCAGUGCGACGUGGUUCAUCAUCCGGGUUACAUGACCGUCACCUGCAAGCUCGACAAGCCGACGGGAACGCCGACUCUGCACCUCAGCUGGAUACCCAACAGUACCCUCAGGAAACACCCCAGUACGUUGGAAAAAUCCAGGAGACUGGGAACCGCCAAGGAGAACGAGCCGCAGCUCGAGGAGCCUGGAAAAAGGAAAAUCCCGGACAAGCUGGACGGCUGCCUGGAGGCGAAGGAGCCGGUUAACUGCAGAGACUGCGAGCGAGUCUGCUCAGGCGGAACGAAAGCUCCUCCGCCCAUAGCAUGUCAGCCGGCGGCGAGCAACGGCGACGCCAGUCCGAAAGAGCUUUCGAUCGAGAGAAACGGCGGCGUCGGUAGCAUCGCCAAGGAGCCGACCUCCGACUGCGCCAGGAGAAGCCAACCGACUAGUAUACAGUUCAUCAGGUCGGAUUCCACAGACUCCAGAAGCGAGGAGGUCAACGGGGUCAAGGACAGAGUCAAGGACGGAGACGACAUAAGCGUCAAGAGUCGGAGCAUGUCGCUCACGUCGACCUGCAGCCUCUCCAUCGUUAUCACGAACGAUGAAAUCCCAACGUGGAUGCGGACUCCGGAGCUGCUGGCGCUGCAGCACAACCUGGCCUUUCCGGAAAGCGCGACGGCCUCGCCCGUUGCGGUUCGCCGAGCGCAUCGCUGUAGGCGUUUCUCCGUCGAUCUGGGACAGAUGCGUUCGCUGCGACUAUUUUUCGCCGAUCCCGAGUGCACCUCUGGACAGCUGGUUGUAGCCAGUCGUGAAAGUCAGUACAAGAUCCUGCACUUUCAUCACGGUGGACUCGACAGGCUCGCGGCUACGCUCCACCAGUGGCAUCAGCUGCUCAAUCCUAAUUUGAAUGUCGAUACCGAGGAGAGUUUGCCUUACAGGCACUUCAUGGUAUGUCGUCCCGAAGUGACCCGCGACGAGCUUCAUCCGGAGGAAGGCCAGGUCCCGAUGAUCACUUCAUUAGCCUGGAAGGAUCUACUGAACGAACGUGGCCAGGUCGAGGAUGACUUGGCGUUACGCAAAGGAAUAUUCUUCGGAGGUCUCGAGCCGGCGCUUCGAAAGCUCGUCUGGCCGUUCCUACUUCACUGCUAUUCGUACCAAAGCACCUACGACGAUCGCGAGCAGAUCGACGCGAUAAGGAGGCAGGAGUACGAGGAGAUCAAGAGGCGUAGGGAGACGAUGAACCCCGAGGAGGCGGAUAAGUUCUGGAGGAACGUCGUUUGCAUUGUCGAGAAAGACGUGGUCAGGACGGAUCGGGGUAAUCCUUAUUACGCUGGCGAGGAUAAUCCGAACAUCGAGGUCAUGAAAAACAUCCUCUUGAACUACGCGGUGUACAACGCGUGUCUCGGCUACACUCAAGGCAUGUCGGAUCUGCUGUCGCCGUUACUGGCAGAACUGAACGACGAACAAGAGGCCUUCUGGUGCUUCGCCGGGCUAAUGCAGCGAUCGGUCGCGGUCUGUACCCCAACGGACGUCGACAUGGACCGGAACCUCUGCUACCUCCGUGAGCUGCUCAGGAUCAUGGUGCCCAGCUUUUACGCGCACCUCGAGAAGCACGCGGAUGCACUCGAACUCCUGUUCUGCCAUCGAUGGAUACUUCUCUGCCUAAAGCGCGAGUUCCCGAUGGACGUAGCCCUGACGAUGUGGGAAGCCUGCUGGGUCAACUACCUGACCGAUCACUUUCACCUGUUCCUCUGCCUGGCCAUAAUGUGCGUCUACGCGGACGACGUGGUAGCCCAAGACCUGCGCACCGACGAGAUGUUGCUCCACUUCAGCUCGCUAGCCAUGUACAUGGACGGCACUGUGAUCCUGCGCAAAGCUCGCGGUCUACUGCAUCACUUCCGCCUGCUGGACAGGCUUCCCUGCACACUGGCUGGUCUGUGCAAACAGUGCGGACCCGGGAUGUGGGACAGUUCGCACGACCCGGUGAUCGAGUGCGUCGGACACGAGGACGAGAAGUGUCCGCAUGCCGAGAAUUACUCGAGAAACGCGAUGGAGUGAAUUGAAUUUUGUGAAAAUCAUAUCUGGAGAUUCUGUAGGGAUCGUCGAAACUUUAUUAUCGUAGACAUUUUUUAAAUAUUGGCUUCACAAAACUGAUAUGAUCAUAAUCGUGCGUAUCUGUGAGUUAUGGAGGAGAAACGGGAAUAACCGUUUAAUAAUUCGUAUUCAAAAAAUGGAUCGAAAGGUUUGGUUUUAUUGAUAGAGUAAAGAAAAUUAUUGAAACGUUGCCUACUUUUAUUGGAAAAGACCAAAGUAAACAUAAUCAGCAGGUGUAAGAAUCACUCGACGAGUUAGAACAAAUUUAGGAUUAGAGCAUUGUAUUAUAUACGGAUUGAAAUUGACCAGAUAUUUAUAUGUAUACAAAUUGUAGUCUGAUUGUUAAACAAAUUUAGCAAAGUUUACUUUGCCAUUAAACGGUUAUUCCUCUUUGAAGGAGGCUAAAAUAGAGUGCCAACAAGCUCGAUGAAGUAUACCUAAAAAUCUCGUUGUAUUCCUCGGCGGUAUUACGGCGACUGAAUAUAUACAUACGUUCAAAGUUAUUUACCACUAUUAUCGCACUGGUUUCAAAAUACAUCACAAACCGCGAAAAAAGUUAAAAAAAAAAGAAAACUUUCAACGGUUACAAAGCACUAAAAGAAAAUUACAAAGUGUUUCUUAUGUGUUCAAGUGAAUUCACGAAUUUUGUAAAUAUAUAGAGCGAAGAGGCGAAGAAAACUAAAAAUUAGAGGGUAAUAAAUUACGAGAAACAAACGCACUGCAUCGGCUAAGAUAAGUUUAAAAUUGCCUAAGAAUAAUAAGACAUGCGUAAAAUCACUUCAGACCUACACACAUAUUACACAAGAGUUUAGUUUUCUCAGGCUUAACGUAGAUAUUUUAAUGUAAAUAAAGUAAUUUUUAAGAGUAAGUUUGAAAAGAUUGAGUCACCUUAGUGAUUUUUUUUAAAACCAACUUGACGUUCUAUUUGGGGAAAUUAUCGAGGUGGCCAAUAAAAGAGAUGCGCGAAUAUGGUGCAUCGGCAGGAACUUAGCGUAUCAAAACAAAAAUAUCUCCUACAAGUACGUAAAAGAAAAUGACCGAGAAGUAUUAGGUACUAAGAUUAAUAACGAUUUAAAAAAAGAGAAGACGAUUAGUAGUACAAGAUAAGACUGAUGUCAAACAAAAAAGUAAAUAAAAUGAUCAUACACACACCAGAGUAUAAACGUUUAACUUUCUCGUUUGAAUGGGGCAUACAAUUCUUCUAUCUGCUUUUAAGUCACACCUUAAUGAUUUUUGUUACGCUUUUUUAAUUUUGCAAACUUGGCUCAUGAUCGCAUUAAAUUCAUAAAAAUUUACAUAAACCCAAUCAAUAAACAUCGUACGUAACAAAAGUAUUUUAUUAAUUAAGGUCGAAAGUGCCAAUCUUAAAAACAAGCUACCACAUAUGAAUAAUCAAACUACUGUAAUCUAUCAUGCGAAGUGUAAGAAUGACUAAAAGAAAGCGUAAAAUAAAAAGGAAUUUCAGUUCCAGUUGAUUCGUCAAUUGUUCAAGGCACAACACCACGAAACGGAGCAAAAAGAGGUAAAAUAUUUUUGCUACUGCAAGACGGCAGCUGUGAAACGCUGUAAAAUAAUUGCAACGACUCGAUGUAAGUCGCGCUUCGAGUACCUCUUUUGUUUGCCUUUUCCUCUAUUCAUCGCGUGAAUUAUAUCCAUAUGAUUUAUACACUUCGUUCUUUCAUCGACGCUCACUCCGCUUAGAUUGUAAAUAGCUUCGUUCAUUGCACACUUAAAUUACUUCGCAUGUGCAUUGUAUGCGAAUAAAUAUUUUUCUUCUUGUGAGUGUUUGUAUUUUAAGCGAUAAGCAAAGACAAAGAUUCUAGCGAAUAAGAUAUUUCAAAUUCUCGACGUUAUAUUAUAUAUCGACCAACAUCAGUUAUCAUCACACAUUGUGUCGUCAUAUUAUUUUGGGCUCACCGCACGAGCGACUGUUUGUGAUAAAUGUGAAAAUAUCGGACCUUCUGCUCAAAUGAUACAAUAAUACCAAUUUAUUGUUGUCCUACGAUAUGUUUGUGUUUUUUAAUUAAUUCAAAGGUUUGAAUCGGUUUGAUAAUGUAAAAAGUAAUGUAUCGAGCAGAAGGAGCUUAUUGGAAAUUUUACUGUGCUACCUUGUCUUGUUGGAGUAUUUGAAAAGAAGUCUAUUCGUGUUAAGAUCUGUGAACGCUUUUGAGUCUAUAUCAAUUGUAAGAUGGAAUAUAAUACAUUAAAAGAAAAUACACCAGUGAUUCAGUCAAAAAGA